UAUGCAGGCGGCUUGCCUUCCAGUUGCUGGUACUUGGGCAUGUCUAGCAUAUGGUCUACUUUGUUUAACUCCGCCCAUUGCCGAUGACGAAGAGCAAUUGUACUGUUGCGAAAGUUACGCACUUAGAAAAACUUUAAAAAAGAAGAAGAAAAAGAAGAAAUUUAAGGAAAAAAAUUAUAGAUUAAAGAGUAUUAGAGAAUCAGAGAUGCAAAAAAUUACUUGUUCAGUGAAAAGUUGCGAACCACCACCUUAUUCUUCUAUUCGUUUACCACAUAAAGAGUUUGCUCCUAGUUUAUCUACGGCUAAUUCAGACGAAACAGGUUACUUUUCGCCAAGUUCACCAGUCUAUUCGGAUGCCAGUAGAAGCAGUAUACCAACAUUUGAAUCGGAUUAUGCUGAAGUAAAGGACGCUGUUGAUGGUGAUACUUUAUUAAAGCCACCACAAGUAAAGCCUCCACCUCCGCCGCCCUAUCGUAAAAUGGAUAAUUAUAAUGAAUGCUCCGAACCAAUCUACUCGAAACCAAUAAAAUACUUGAAAAAAUCUAGUAUGGAAGAGUUGGCUGCGCAAUGUAUAUACGCUGAUAGCGACGAAGCUUUGGAUUCUACAAUAAGAGUACAAGAAGCUCCACCUAAGAGACAAAUGAUAUCAGGUAUGUUGACCACACCCCAUCGCAAAAAACCACCACCUCUGCCACCCCAAUUGUCACAUACUUUACCCCGAUUCGUUGGACAUAAAAGUAGAGAAAAACUAGAUAUGAUUGAAACAUGGGUCAAUAAUCGUAUAAACGAUCCUGACGAAUCCGAUUCUGCUAUAGCUCUAGAUUACCAGCUAUCAAGUUCAAUCGAAAAUAGUUUUAAUGGCGAGGACUUUCUCGAAGAAUUGAAUAGAUUGAGAACGAUAUGA